AUGAUUUAUGACUGUGCCGAUAGUCCUAAAAAAGCAAAGGACUCUACUGCGUCUCAUUCUAGCAAUUCAGGCAGCAGCACAAAAAGAAAUCGCUCAUACAGAAUUGAAAAAGUUUUUAAUCCUGUAAUAGAUGAGGAUGAGUUUGAAAAAAAUCGAGUAUUUUUUAUAUAGAAGUCUGGGAUAAAGAAAAAAAAAGCGGAAAAUAUUAUACAAAGAUCUUUACAAACGUUAUUUGCAAAAAUAAAAAUUAAAAAUUUGUUGAAUUUACAAAGAAAAUCAAGGGUUUCUUUAUAUCAAAGUUUAGAGAUGCUCGUGAAGAGACUGCAAAAAGAACAAAAAGAAGCAUUUGAAGUAAUAAAAAAUGCGAAAAAUUGAAUGAUAAGUGAAAAUUCUAGUGAAUUUAUAUAUCAUGAUGAGAAUAUUUUUGCUGAAAUUCCUGUUUCAGAAUGUAACCAAACAAAUAAAGAAUUUUUUAGAAUUUUCAAUGAAAAUUCGAAAGCGAAGGUCUAUAAAGCAGAUUUCGAUGAAUCAAUAGGGCUUGGGAAUAGCAAAAUGUAUCAGAGAAAAAUAGAUCCACCUUCACAUAAUUACAAUCAAAAUAAUCAAACCCGAAAGCCAGCUUCUCUUUCAGAUUUCUCUGAAUUUACAGAUAUGAAUUUCUCGAAGCUAGAAUUUGUAAAAGUUAAUGAUAUUAGUUUCAACAUAGGUAAAUUCGAAUUAUUAGGAAAUACACAUGAAAAAUUAUUUGCGAUGUAUAAAGAAACACAACAAAAUAUUGACCAAAAAACAAGUGAAUUGAUGAAAAUAUUAGAUCACCGAGAUGAUUUGAUAGCCCAAAUCGAGUACAAUAAAAAAUUGAUAGAGAAAUUGAUGGGAGUAAUUGCUAACUCCACACUCUGUGAGCAAACAAAAACAUUUUUAUGAAAAAUGUUUUGAUAUAUAAGUGAAAAUUGGUAUAAUGAAAUCUCUAGCUUAAUUUUAACAAAUUGCAUUUUAAAAAUUAGAUUUUUACAAAUUAAAAUAAAAUAUUUGUUUCCCAAUUAUUUCGAAUUAGUUUUUUUUUUUUAAAUUUUGAAGAAAAAAAUUUACUAUAAAUUUUUAAAAAUAAAAAUUCCCCCUCCACGAGCAAACAAAUUUUUUGUUUGCUCACUGGGGAGUAAGAAAAAUAAGUUUUAA